CAGCAGGCGCGCGCUGUUUCCGGAAGUCGCGGCCGGCGUCGCCGCUGCUGCUGCUGCCUCAGCUACUGCCGCGGUCGCCGCGGAAUUCGGCGAGUAGAACCGCUGAGGCGGGCGCGGGCCCGGGCCCGGGCGGGGCCGGGGUUCCGGCCACUCUGCAGAAUGGAGAUAAUCAGGAGCAAUUUUAAGAGUAAUCUUCACAAAGUGUACCAGGCCAUAGAGGAGGCCGACUUCUUCGCCAUCGAUGGGGAGUUUUCAGGAAUCAGUGAUGGACCUUCAGUCUCUGCAUUAACAAAUGGUUUUGACACUCCAGAAGAGAGGUAUCAGAAGCUUAAAAAGCAUUCCAUGGACUUUUUGCUAUUUCAGUUUGGCCUUUGCACUUUUAAGUAUGACUACACAGAUUCAAAGUAUAUAACGAAGUCAUUUAACUUCUAUGUUUUCCCGAAACCCUUCAAUAGAUCCUCACCAGAUGUCAAAUUUGUUUGUCAGAGCUCCAGCAUUGACUUUCUAGCAAACCAGGGAUUUGAUUUUAAUAAAGUUUUUCGAAAUGGAAUUCCAUAUUUAAAUCAGGAAGAAGAAAGACAGUUAAGAGAGCAGUAUGAUGAAAAACGUUCACAGGCGAAUGGUGCAGGAGCUCUGUCCUAUGUAUCUCCUAACACUUCAAAAUGUCCUGUCACGAUUCCUGAGGAUCAAAAGAAGUUUAUUGACCAAGUGGUAGAGAAAAUAGAGGAUUUAUUACAAAGUGAAGAAAACAAGAACUUGGAUUUAGAGCCAUGUACCGGGUUCCAAAGAAAACUAAUUUAUCAGACUUUGAGCUGGAAGUUUCCGAAAGGCAUUCAUGUUGAGACUUUAGAAACUGAAAAGAAGGAGCGAUAUAUAGUUAUCAGCAAAGUAGAUGAAGAAGAACGCAAAAGAAGAGAGCAGCAGAAACAUGCCAAAGAACAGGAGGAGCUGAAUGAUGCUGUGGGAUUUUCUAGAGUCAUUCACGCCAUUGCUAAUUCGGGAAAACUUGUUAUUGGACACAAUAUGCUCUUGGACGUCAUGCACACAGUUCAUCAGUUCUACUGCCCUCUGCCUGCGGACUUAAGUGAGUUUAAAGAGAUGACAACAUGUGUUUUCCCCAGACUCUUGGAUACUAAAUUGAUGGCCAGCACACAACCUUUUAAGGAUAUCAUUAACAACACAUCCCUUGCGGAAUUGGAAAAGCGGUUAAAAGAGACACCUUUCAACCCCCCUAAAGUUGAAAGUGCCGAAGGUUUUCCAAGUUAUGACACAGCCUCUGAACAACUCCACGAGGCAGGCUACGAUGCCUACAUCACAGGGCUGUGCUUCAUCUCCAUGGCCAAUUACCUAGGUUCUUUUCUCAGCCCUCCAAAAAUUCAUGUGUCUGCCAGAUCAAAACUCAUUGAACCUUUUUUUAACAAGCUAUUUCUUAUGAGGGUCAUGGAUAUCCCCUAUCUAAACUUGGAAGGACCAGACUUGCAGCCUAAACGUGAUCAUGUUCUCCAUGUGACAUUCCCCAAAGAAUGGAAAACCAGCGACCUUUACCAGCUUUUCAGUGCCUUUGGUAACAUUCAGAUAUCCUGGAUUGAUGACACAUCAGCAUUUGUUUCCCUUAGCCAGCCCGAGCAAGUAAAGAUUGACGGAGUCUUGUCCUGUGGCCCGGGCUGGAGUGCAGUGGCGCAUUCACAGCUCACCGCAGCCUCUACCUCCUGGGCUCAAGCAGUCCUCCUGCCUCAGCCUCCUGAGUAGCUGGGACUACAGAUGUACACCACCAUGCCCAGCUAAUUUUUUAUUUUAUUUAGAGAUAAGGAUUUGCCGUGUUGCCCAGGCUGGUCUUCAAUUCCUGGGCUCAAGCCACCUGCCUGCCUCAGCCUCCAGCGAUCUGCCUGCCUCAGCCUCCUAAAAUCUUGGUAUUACAGCUGUGAGCCACCGUGCCUGGCUGGCACCUGUUUUGUGAUCCAGACCUUCCUUCCAUAUCACAUACCAUGCUUAAACUACCUCCUUCUGUUUAUUUAAUAACAUUUUCAGAAAAUCUAAUGUAAAUGCAUCAAAAAGCAUGCCUUUAACUGAUUAAAAGUGACUCAAGUUCAUUUCCUUUCAGAUAUAUAUAUGUAUUAUAUCUGAAAUACAAUAUAUUGAUAUAUAUUUGAUACACUGUCCAGACAUAGUAGUGUCUUUGCUUCUACCUUUGGUGCCUUUUGUAGUUGGCCAGUAUGUUACUGUUUAUUUAUUCUUGUCACAGAGGAAAUGCACAAAAUAUUCAAUAAAAACCAAAAAAUGAAUAUUUUUCACAUGAAUGUUAAUUUUCUUAAUCUUAAACUGUAUGUAGAAUUCGUUUACAGUAGUGAUCUUGAAUUCUAAAUGUGGCAAUAGAUAAAUGAGUCAAACUGUGGCAUGACUUUUAAAAAAAAGAUUUCUGUUAAGCUUAUUUUGGAGGAGGAUACAUGAUUUUUAUGCUGUAAUUACAGGAUCCUGGAAAGCAUGUUCAGUUGUCCCUUGGUAUCCAUGGGGGAUUGGUUCCAGGACUCCAUGCAGACUUCAAAAUCCAGGCAUGUUCAAGGCCUUGAUAUAAAAUGCUAUAAUUUUUGCAUAUAACCUGUACAUAUCCUCCUGUAUACUUAAAAACAUCACUAGAUUACUUACAUGCCUAACAAUGCAAAUGCUAUGUAAGUAGUUGUUAUAUUGUAUAUUGUUUAGGAAAAAUGACAAGAAAAAAGUCUGUGUGUUCAGUACAGACGCAAUUUUUCCCCCCAAAUAUUUUCCGUCUGAGUCGGUUAAAUCCACAGAUGGGAAACCCACAGAUAUGGAGGGCUGACAGUAUUUCUUUUUAACAGGCAAGAUUUUUACAACAGUGGCUUAUAAAAUACCUCAGUCUGCUAUAGGAGAAUCAUUAUUAGUAAGACAUGUGAAUGUAUGUUUUGUAUGGAUGGAUACCUUCUGAUUAGAAAACUUGUAAAAGCAACUGACUUGUUUUUCUCUAAAUCACUUAAGUCAUCAAAAGCACCAUGGAAAUGUUUAAUAAUACUGACUGAGAAUCUUAUUGUUUUCUGAUAUCCCUAAUGUGUUCAAUUUGGAGAAUUAGCCGUCUUAUGUAUCUCUGCUACGAAAUGUUCAUCAGACAGAUUUAAGAGCAUGACAAUAACUUGGACUCUCCCUAAUUAGCAUUCUUUAGGGCAUUAACUGGUAUGAGAAUAGAGCAAAAAGCUUUCUGACUGCCAGAGGAUUCCCAAGUCCUUGAUAUAAUUACAGCAUUAAAGCGGCUGUUGUGUCCUGUGGCAGUUAGAAUGCAGCCAGGAGAAGGGGAGCACUUGUGCUCUGGAGACCGAAGUUUCAUUCAUAUUCUGUUACAUUGUUUCUUAUCCAUAUUACUGGCACUUGAUUUUUAUGUUUUAGGGCAGCAGUCUUUGGCACCAGGGACUGGUUUUGUGAAAGACAGUUUUUCCACAGAGCUAGGCGGGAGCAGGGGUAGGGAAUGGUUUUGGGAUGAUUCAAGCACAUUACAUUUAUUGUGUGUUUUAUUUCAGUUAUUAUUACAUUGUAAUAAUGAAAUAAUUAUACAACUCACCAUAAUGUAGAAUCAUUGGGAGCCCUGACCUUGUUUUCUUGCAACUAGACAGUCCCAUCUGGGGGUGAUGGGAGACAGUGACAGAUCAUCAGACAUUAGAUUCUGGGAGUGCACAACCUAGAUUCCUCAUAUGUGCAAUUUGCAAUAGGGCUCAUGUUCUUAUGGGAAUCUAAUGCUGCCACUGAUCUGACAGGACGUGGAGCUUAGAUGGUAAUGCGAGCGAUGAGGAGUGGCUGUAAAAACAGAUGAAGCUUUGCUAGCUCACCUGCUGCUCAUCUCCUGCUGUGCAGCCUGGUUCCUAACAUGCCAGGGAACAUAGAUCAGUACAGAUUGGCGACUUCCGUUUUAGGGUCUAUGUUAGCUGGACCUAAGAAUGUUUGCUUUAUGAUGCGGUUUCAGAGUAUUGAAUAAAUCUCUCUAAUUUAAUUGCAAUGUCACUUGUGAAAAAUUGCUUUCAUUGUGCUCUCUCACCCCCUUCAAAAAUUUGAAGUAAAUCAAUCUCAUUGAAAAUGUGAAAAAAAGGCCAGGCGUGGUGGCUGACACCUGUAAUCCCAGUACUUUGGGAGGCUGAGGCAGGCGUAUCACUUGAUGCCAGGAGUUUGAGACCAGCCUGGUCAACAUGGCAAAACCCUGUCUCUACUAACAGUACAAAAAUGAGCUGGGCAUGGUGGCGUUGCACCUGUAGUCCCAGUUACUUGGGAGGCUGAGGCAGGAGAGUUGCUUGAACCUGUGGGGCAAAGGUUGUAGUGAGCCAAGAUCAUGCCCCUGCACUCCAGCCUGGACGACAGAAUGAAACUGUCUCAAAAAAAAAAAAAAAAAAAAGUGAAAAAUAUUUGAAAAUACAAGGAAAACAAUUCAGCCAUGAUCUUACAACCUAGUAAUGAAGUAAAAUUUUGGUAUUUCCUGUCUGUUGCUUUACUCUGCCUAGAUAAGUAUUUUCAUAUUAUUUCCCCUUUAAUUUUAGUUGACGCAUGAUAAUUGUACGUACAUAUUUAUGGGAUUCAGAGUCACAUUUCAAUAUAUGUAUACAGUAUGUAAUGAUCAAAUCAUUAGCAUAUCCAUCAUGUCAAAGAUGUAUUAUAGUUUUGUGUUGUGAACAUUCAAACUUCUCUCUUCUAGCUUUUUGAAAAUAUACAAUAAAUUAUUAUUUAACCACAUUUACCACAUUCACCUUCCAGUGCUGCCAGAACAUCAGAACACAUUCCUCUUACCUCACUGUAAUUUUGUAGGCAUUAACCAGCGUCUCUCUAUCCUCCUCUUCCCUCUAUCCUUCCGCGCCUUUAAUACUCCCAAUUCUACUCUCUACUUGAGCUCAAAGCUUUUCAGCUCCCACAUACGAAUCAGAACAUGCAUUUGCCUUUCUAUGCCUGCCGUAUUUUGCUUAAGCUAAUGUCUUCUAGGCUCAUCCGUGUUGCCAUAAAUGACAGAAUUUCAUUCUUUUUUAUGGCUAAAUGGUAUUACAUUGUGAUAUAUACCACAUUUUCUUUAUCCACUCAUCUUUUGACGAACAUUUAGGUUGAUUCCUUAUCUUAGCUAUUGUGAAUAGUGCUGCAGUAAACAUGGGGGUGCAGCGUAUGCCUUUGACUUUCUUUCCUUCAGAUAAAUUUCCACUAAUGGGAUUGCUGAAUUGUAUGGUGGUUCUGUUUCUAAUUUUUUGAGGAACUUCCACGCUGUCUUUCAUAGUAGCCAUCCUAAUUUUCCAUCCCACCAACAGUGUGUUAAGAGUUCCCAUUUCUCUACAUCAUCGCCAGUCUGUGUUAUUUUUUUGUGUUUUUUAUAGUAGUCAUUCUGACUGGGUUGAGAUGGUAUCUUACUGUUGUUUUGAUUCACAUUUCCCUGUUGAUUUAGUGAUGUUGAACAUUUUCUCAUGUUUGUUGCCAUUUGUAUGUCUUCUUUUGAGAAAUGCCUUUUCCGUUUCUUUGUCUACUUUUUAAUUGGAUCAUGUGGGUUCUUUGCCAUUGAAUUGUCUGAGUUCUUGUAUAUUCUGAAUAUUAGUCCCUUGUUGGAUAGUUUGCAAAUAUUUUCUCCCAUUCAUCGGGUUGUUUUUCAUUCUGUUGAUUGUUUCUUUUGCUGUGCAGAAGCAUUUCAGUUUAAUAUAGUCUCAUUUUUCUGUUAUUUUGUUGUUGCCUGUGCUUUGAAGUCUUAGCUGUAAAAUCUUUGUCUGGACCAAUGUCUUUUAGCAUUUGUCUAAUGUUUUCUUCUAGUAGUUUUAUAGUUUUGAGUCUUAUGUUUAACAUUUUUAAUACUAAUUGGGCUGAGACUUGAAAUGCAUUUUUGGAUCUGCUUUUUUAAUUAAUCAUGUCACAAGCGUUUCACAUACCACUUAUUUUUAUUAGAAAAAUUUAAAACUACAUAGAAAAGGAAAAAGUUGUUUAAUACCCCUCUCUUUAUUAACAAAGAUAAUUGCAGAUUAAUAUUUGAGAUUUACCUUUCAAUUGUGUAUAUAGUAUUUAAGUGUACAAUACAUCUGCAGGAUCAAGAUCGCACAGCACACUUUAGAAAGCAGGUACCACUGUGCCUUAUUUAGUGCCAUAGUCAUAAUUCACUCUCUGGAAAUAUUUUAGGACUCUGGUGAUAAUAGGAAACGCAAAGCAGUGAAAUUAAUCUGCCAGUUUGCUCUUCGGCCACUGAGAAACUAAAUAUAAGGAUCCUUAUUUCUGAGGCUUUUAAUGUUUUGUCGUUGUUUUUGUCAGUAGAUAUAAUGAAAUAGUUGAUUAAUAUUAGCUGUGCUAGUCUUUACAUGUUGACAUUGUUUUCUCGUACAUGAUUCCUGUUCUCUACAACCUCACAGUUUUAAAAAAUGAAAUCUGAUUUUAGCAAAUUUAAAAUAUAAGUGAAAUGUAUUUGGAGGACUUUGUUAUAUAAAUGGCUAAUCCAGAAUAUAAUAUUAUUUUGUAACUAAAAAUGUUACCAAUAAAUCUUUUAGGGUGAUGGAACUAUAGAUGGAUUUUAUGUUCUUACGUUUUCUUCUAUUUUCUGAUUUUUCCAUAGUGAAUAAUGUGUAAUACAAUUUUUAAAUUUAAGACUAUAAUGCUUUUUUAUUUUUUAAAUAAGUAAAGGAACACAGCAAAGGGAAAUAUCUUGCUUUUAAAACUCUUAAUAUGGCUAGCAGAGUACAGUAGUCCCUCCUCAUCCAUGGAGGAUACAUUCCGAGACUCCAAGUGGAUGCCUGAAGCUGGAGAUGGUAUGAAAGCCUGUAUGUACUCUGUUUUUCCUAUACAUACAUACCUAUGAUAAAGUUAAAUUUAUAAAUUAGGCACAGGAAGAGAUGAACAAUAAUAACCGACAAUGAAACAGAACAUUUAUAACAAUAUUGUUAAUAAAAGCUAUGUGUAUGUGCUCUGUUUUUCUCAAAAUAUCUUAUCAUACUCUACUGUAGGAAACUGAAACUUUGGAAAGCAAAAUCACAGAUAAGGGGGAACUAACCGUAGCCCUGUUUUUGUUGCUGACUGUAAUUAUUUUAUGGCAUCGUUUUUUCUAAUCAUGAAAUUUAUAGCAUUAGUUUCUCUGAAUUUUCCAUCAACUUUUUGGUUUAAAUCUGCUAUUCUGAAAAAGAAUCUAUUAAACAUUUUUGAUUUGUGAUGUUUAUUGAUAAUAUUUCCACUGUUGAGUAUUUGUACAACUUGUCUUUUCUUAGAAAAGAUGUAAUUUAUGUAUCCUGGAAAGAAGCCCAAACAUCACUUUAAUACCAGAGUGAAUGUUACUUCAUUUUGUUUAGCAAAAACACUAGCAAAUGCUAGACCACUGGAGUGUUAGGUAACUUAAAAUUGAUGGCGGUGGUGACCUGAGCACCUCAGACCAGGGGUUUACCCACAUCUCAUCUAGUACUCACUAACAUCUAGGUUAGUGAGUACUUUCAGGUGAUAAGAUUAUAAAAAGUAAACAUGACUUAAAAUAGUUAUUUAGCCAGGGUGCGAUGACUCACGCCUGUAAUCCCAGCACUUUGGGAGGCCGAGGCGAGCGGAUCACCUGAGGUCGGGAGUUCGAGACCAGCCUGACCAACAUGGAGAAACCCUGUCUCUACUAAAAAUACAAAAUUAGCCGGGCGUGGUGGCACAUGCCUGUAAUUCCAGCUACUCGGGAGGCUGAGGCAGGAGAAUCGCUUGGACCCGGGAGGUGGAGGUUGUGGUGAGCCGAGAUGGCGCCAUUGCACUCCAGCCUGGGCAACAAGAGUGAAACUCUGUCUCAAAAAAAAAAAAUUCAGAAAUGAAACUUUACAUUAUGUAGUCCAGCUAUUAAUAGUAGGAAUGCCUUUCAUCCUUUCCGCUUGUGAAGUGGAGCGAUGUGGGGAACUUCACAGAAACUUGUUUUCAAAUUGCAUCAGAGGCCAAGGAGCAGCUGCUACUCCUCCUAUGUAAAGGAACACAGAAAGACACUGUCAUAUAAAAUAAACUGAAAAUGAGAUUUUUCCCAUAAGUCUUUUUUUUGUAUUAUGUAGAUAAUUUAGAGGGAAGAGAAACAAAUGAUUGUAGCAUAUUAUGUAGGGGGGGAAAUGAACUCAUUAUAGAAUAUCACUAAUUUAAAUAAUUGUCUAUUAAUGCCCCAAAUAAGUUUGAAUCGCUUUUAGUGCACAUUGAAGUUCACAUUUAGGUAUGCACUUUUGUGAUUAUAUUUUAAGAUGGAGGGUAAGCCUCUUAUUUCUUACUGAUUUAUCUUCGUAUAGUCUAGAUACCAUAUGUUUAUAUGCCGUGUGUUCUUUAUAGUAACAACAGAAUAAUUAGGAAGGUAUUUGCGAGAUUUUUGAAACAAUGGCUUUCAUUUGAAACCUGCAGUAUUAUUCUUUAAGUAUUGCCUUUUUUUUUUUUUUU